UAUGUCAAAGCUGUCAAAAUAUUUUUAGGUUAUAUUUUCUUUUCCAAGAAUGAAUCCAGAAUAUGGUUCACGACUUCUGCCUCCUGGAAAAGAAAGCGUGCGCCCCGCAUGUAAAAAAUGCGGUUACGCGGGUCACCUGACAUACCAGUGUAGAAAUUUUAUCAAGGUGGAUCCGAACAAGGAAAUUUUGUUGGACGUAAGCAGCACGAGCAGCGAAAGCGAUCAGGAUUAUCUUACGCCCUUAACCGAAUUAAGGGAAAUAGAACUAAAAGAAAAGCUGAAGAAAGUCAAGCAGAAGCAAAAGAAGAAGGAAAAGAAGAAGAAACGAAAACGGCAUCGCUCCUCGUCGGAAUCGAGUUCGCACGAAAGUGAUGGCAGUGAUAGUGAAGAUCGGCACCGGAAACAUAAGAAGAAGAAGACUAAAAAGGCAAAGAAGAAGAAAAAACAUUCGCAGUCGAGUUCCAGUGACUAAUUUUAACUUGCCUACCGCUUAAAGUGCUGCCAGACAGAGGGCAGGUUGCGGUCUGUCAUAUCUGUAUUCUAUGUAAAUGCUUUGUAGGUACCUGUCAUAGAGAAAGCAUUCUAACCACGUGGCGGACUGCAUAUUCUAUCAGAGCGGUAAAUGGGUGUCUUUGUAAAAUAUUACAAUUGCUUUGAUAGACUGCGCAGUCUUGUCAGAACGCUCUCUAUAUUACAGGUACACUAGAUUUACGUAGAGUACAAAUAUCGCAGACCGUGCUCUGUCUGUCAGGGCCUUCAUGCUUAGCAUGUGUAAGUAACGGAAGUGUAUAACGCAACGGUACUGGCGUCACCAAUGAAUCUUGACUUUUAGAACUAAUCUGCAUCUGAGUAAAAAUGCAUAUAAUUUCAGAACAACUGCUUAAGAUCUCUAUUCAGGAUUAGUUCAUAAGAUAAUUAUUGUUAGAAAAGGAAUGUAGGUAUAAAGAUUGUAAUUAUAAAUAAAAGUUUUAUUAAGAGCAAA